AAAAACGCCACACACAAAAAAAAGAAUCAAAUGAAAAAAGCAUCUAAAAUAAAUAAAAAAAUGUAGGAACACAUUGAAGACAGACAUAAACAGCACAUAAAAUGCGUGUCACGGUAUCGUCAAUUUGAACAAACGCAUAAAAACGUAACUGCCUGAUCUUCAAAGAGCGCAAAUUGAGGGAAAUAUUUUUCCACAUCCUGGGAGAAGCUAAAGAAUGGUCACCCCACUGUUUGUACUUGUUAUUCGAAUAAAAUCUUUGCCGUUUUUAUAAUUUAGACAAGGGAACAAAGAUCAACAUUAUUACUAAAAUUAUAUAGAGGAAUAUAUACGUUUAUGAGAAGUAAGAGUGUCGUUUUAUUUGACAAAUUCAAAAAGAUUGUUAAACUCGUCAAGUCUCGUUUGAUGUUUCUUUUUCAAGACUCUAAGCGACGCUGUUGGACAGUAAAAUGUUUUCUGUGCGUUUCGUCACCGACUCAUGUGUCCAUAAAAAUUAUGCAGAGGAGGCGGCUCUCUUUAUUUUGUUGCAGAUUCAAAGGACUGGUUCUAACCGAGUGAACAGCAACAGAAGACCUGGAAAAUCCAGUUUUAUUACAUAGAAGAAUAUAAAUUUUAAUUUUAAGCCACGGCUUUGGACAGUCUUUUUUUUGUCUUUUUGAAAUGACGGGGCGCAUAGGAUGCGCUUCCAUUGCAGGUAUGAAAUGGCGACUAUUUUCCGUGCUGCAACGGCGGAUGGGGCUGCUUGUUUUUUUGCUUUAUUUGAUGCACAUGGCAGAUGGACAGAUUCGUUAUUCUGUGCCAGAGGAAAUGAAGAAGGGCUCUGUCAUCGGUAAUGUGGCGCAAGAUCUUGGUUUGGAUGUGAGAAGGCUUCGUUCUGGGCGCGCCCGCAUUGUGACCGGAGAAAACGUUCACUACGCGGAGCUGAACGCAGACAAAGGGAUCCUCGUUGUGAACGAAAGAUUGGACCGAGAACGGCUUUGCGGAGAUGUGACGCCCUGCAGCUUCAGCUUUGAAUUAAUUUUGGAAAACCCGAUGGAACUGCACAGAAUCACCGUGGAGGUUUUGGAUAUAAAUGAUCACGCUCCCGUCUUUCCGAGCAAUGAACCAAUCAGGUUUGAAGUGAGUGAAUCAGCUGCCAUCGGAGUUCAGUUUCCGCUGCAGACGGCAGAGGAUUUAGAUGUAGGCCAGAACGCGUUGAAAGAUUAUGUUUUAUCACCAAACGACCAUUUUAUACUGAAGCAGCAUGCAAAUCCAGACGGAAGUAAAAAUGUUGAAAUUGUGCUACAGAAGCCUUUAGACAGAGAACAACGUCCCGAUCUGCAUUUAAAAUUAAUCGCAGUUGACGGAGGGACCCCCCAGAAAUCUGGAUCAGUGAAUAUUGACGUGACUGUAUUAGACGCCAACGACAAUAUCCCGGUUUUUAACCAAACAGUUUAUAAAGCAACUGUGGUAGAAAACACGGUUAAAGGCACAAGUGUUAUUACUGUGAACGCAACGGACGCUGAUAGUGGACCAAAUGGGCUCAUUACUUAUAGUUUGUCUAAAACGAAAGGAAGUGCGGCAGACAUUUUUAGCAUUGAUGAUGGCGCGGGCACAAUUUAUGUUUCUGGUGAAAUAGAUUUUGAGAAACAGAAAAAAUACGAGGUGCGAGUAGAAGCAAAAGAUAAAGGUGGCUUAAUUGGGACAAGUAAAGUUAUAGUUGAUGUUUUUGAUAUUAAUGACAAUGCUCCAGUAAUAAGUGUGAUGUCUUUUUCCAGCCCAUUAUUGGAAAAUGCCCCUAUUGGAACAACAGUUGCUAUUUUGAACAUAAAAGAUGCUGACGCUGACAAAAAUGGUCAAAUUAAAUGCUCUGUAGAUGGAAAACUCCCUUUUACAAUUAAAUCCUCUUUAACAAACUAUUACAAUUUGGUCUUAGAUCAAGAGUUAGAUAGGGAAUCUGUCCCAGAUUUUAACAUAACAAUAAAAGCUACUGAUUUCGGUUCUCCCCCUCUGUCUGCGUCAACAGAAUUGCAUCUUAAAAUAUCAGAUGUUAAUGACAAUGCCCCUUUAUUUGACAGAAGCAGUUAUUCUGCACACAUCAUGGAAAACAAUCCACCUGGCUAUUCCAUAUUUGCUGUCAGUGCACGGGAUUCUGACUGGAAUCAAAAUUCCAGAAUCUCCUAUUUUUUAGAGGACACGCAGGUCGGGGGCAAUCCAGUUUCUGCUUAUGUGUCUUUAAACUCUCAAACUGGUGUUCUUAGUGCAAUUCGGUCAUUUGAUUAUGAGCAAAUAAAACAGUUUCAGCUUUUGGUGAAAGCACAGGAUGGAGGCUCUCCUCCACUCAGCAGCAACGUGACUGUGAAAAUCCUGAUCCAGGACCAGAACGAUAACCCUCCUCAGGUUCUGUACCCGGUCCAGACUGGUGGCUCUGUGGUGGCUGAAAUGGUUCCUCGUUCAGCAGAUGUGGGCUACCUGGUGACUAAAGUGGUGGCUGUAGAUGUGGACUCUGGACAGAAUGCCUGGCUCUCCUAUAAACUGCAGAAAGCCACAGACAGGGCGCUGUUUGAAGUGGGCUCACAGAAUGGAGAAAUAAGAACAAUCCGUCAGGUGACUGAUAAAGAUGCUGUGAAACAGAGACUGACUGUGAUAGUGGAGGACAACGGGCAGCCCUCUCGUUCAGCUACAGUCAUUGUUAAUGUGGCAGUGGCGGACAGCUUCCCCGAAGUGCUGUCCGAGUUCACUGACUUUCCUCACGAUAAGGAGUACAAUGACAACCUGACUUUUUACCUGGUCUUGGCUCUGGCUGUGGUCUCCUUCCUCUUCAUCACGUGUUUAGUGGUUAUUAUAUCAGUCAAGAUCUACAGAUGGAGACAGUCUCGCAUCCUGUAUCACUCCAACCUCCCUGUGAUUCCAUAUUAUCCUCCACGUUACUCAGACACUUUGGGAACAGGGACUCUGCCACACGUGUACAACUACGAGGUGUGCAGGACCACUGACUCCAGAAAGAGUGACAAUAAGUUUGGAGGAGCUGGUGGUCAGAACGUGUUGAUAAUGGACCCCAGUUCUACAGGAACCAUGCAGCGGAUACAGAGUGAGAAGAGUAUCCUGGAUGAACCUGACUCUCCUAUAGAGGUUAGUUAAAAAUUGGAUCUUGUGUUCAUAUAAUAAUAGCUUAAUUUUUGAAGUGUGAUGCCGUUUUCAGCACUAAAGAAAGCUGUUACAUUGGAAGCUCUCAAAAUUGCUGUUUAUAUGUUUACUCGCACUGCUUCCAUAUGGUGGGUUGCAAUUUAGUCUUAGGUAUUGUUUUUGGUUUUAAAUGGGAGUUACAUAUUUAUCUGAAUGUGGAGUGAGCAGUUAUUAUAGUAUUUCAACAUUUAUAUACGCAAGUCUCCGCUUUGAGUGUUUACAUUUUUCAUUGUUGGUAGUUGUAAGUAAUAAAGCUCAUUGUAUGGUAACAAAGUUUAAAUGUGUCUAUUGUGGCGUGUGUGUAACAUUUUAGAGCUUCUGAUACCUCUGUUUUAUUUCACAUAAUCCACAUAUUUAUUUUCUAAGGUAAUACAAUUAAAUUUCCUUUAUUUGUCCAGUUAAUAUUUUGUGAAGUUAUUAUUUUUUAUUGGACACUAACAAGUUGUGAGUUUAAGUGAAGUUUUAAAUAAGUUAUAUGAUUUUUAUUGUUUGCACCUAGUGGUUUUUGGCUCCAGUUCCUACGGGACCAGUGCGCAUAGACAGAAUGAGACCUCUGAGCUUCAUGUGCUGUGAUUUUAUAUAUGAUAUUCUGUCCUUAAAGUGAAAGAAAGAAAGUGACUGGAUAAGCUACUAGACAACAGUAAAGGGACAUGUAAGCAUUAGAAAAUUGUCUUUUUGGCGCUCUGAAAAUGUCCUCCUCCUGGUAAAUGCUCUCUUACAGCGCAUAUGUGACACCCCAGUACAGGGGAAUAAUGAAAAAACCGACACAGACCAAAUGAUAAUACAAAACCAUAUUAUUUUGCUCAUGUUUACUUUCUCUUUUUCUGAAACUGUUUUAUAACCAUUACACACAGGGAUCCUAAAAAUAUAAGUUUUUUCACGAAAAACGGUAAAAGAUUGAUUGAUUUUUAUUUAGUGAUUGGACUUUGUUUUAAAGGUGAUCUGUCUCCUUCGUCAUUACAACUCAACAUUUGUACACCCCAU